AUGCAUAAAGGAACAAUAGCACCACACUGGGCCCAAUUCAUUCGAGGAGAGGUGGUGGAGUCGAAAGGAGAAGUGAACAACACAAAGCGUUACAUGGUAGAGGACGAAGAAACGAAGAAGCAUUUCACUUUGAUACUCGACGAUUGUUGGCAUCAGACGGAUUUGCGUGUCGGGGAAAUCAUCCACAUCAUAUUUCUCGAGGAAAGGUUUACUUAUAUACUUCCUGACACUAUUUCACUGACUAACACUUCUCCUUUGUUACUUAUUGAGUACCCGGACGUCAUGAUUAACACUACUGGUGUUGUCAACUCGAUGUUUUGUAAUCGAAAGACUAUUAUAAGCGGCUAUGUGUAUUCGGAUGAAUCAAUUGAAGCAGCGGAGAUCGGGACAGUCAUCCACGAGUCUGUCCAGCAUGUCAUCAUCACUGAUAUGAAAGAGUUUAACCGCCAAAUUUUCAGGGAGCUGGUUGAGGAAAUCACCGACGAGCGGCUUACUAAAGUGUAUUGUCUCGGACUGACCCGCGAGCAGUUUAUCGUGCGCGCGAUGGAGUUUUACAACUCAGUGAAUGACUGGUUCACGUGUUGGAGGAAGCAUUGUGUAGAAACACAAAAGCGUGAACUUCCCGUGAAAGAGUUAGUUGCCGCUGAGGCGCAGUUGCAGUCGUACAUCUUUGGGUUUAAAGGGUCGAUAGACAUCUUGUUGAAGAAUGAUGAAGGGGAGGUGUUAGUAGAAAUGAAGACGGGCAAAGCAAAGCCUGAGAAUGAAGCACAAGUCACGUUCUACUUUCUACUGUUGAGUGGGUUCUUAGAGAAACAGUACCAUCAAUUUUCAGGGCUACUCAAUUACGUCCACAAAGACGAGAACCGCUUUGAACAAGUGCAACCAACACUUCCCAAUUUGGGGAACAUCGCGCGACUAAGAAAUGAGUUGGCGGUGUAUAUGGUUGACUCGAGAAUACCAAACGAAAUGCAAAUUAGUAAGACGGAAGUGGCGUGCAGGUAUUGUGCGUUCACGAAACAUUGUGCGCUUGUGUGUUUGAAUGAUGGUAUCGAUUUUGGAAGAGACGAGAUAUCUCACUUGAGCGAUAGAGAGAGGCAAUUCUACAUGAAAUACCUGAAAAUAAUGCGAAGUGAAAUUCGGCGAGUCGACGAGGAGAAUGUCAAGCGGUGGACGACUCCAGAUGAUGCGCCCGCGUUGAGCAGAAAGGCGAAAUUGACGAAACGCGAAUUGACAAAGAAGCGUCCGGACUAUUACAUCUACACGUUUGAAGGAGACAUCACAUAUUACGAGGGGCUCACUUGUGUAUCGAGUGAAGAUGGGAAAAUUAAUAUAGUGAAGGGGUACAUGAUGCCACCUGAAGAGAAAGACUGGAAAGUUGAAAAAGAGGUUGUUGUUAUAGACGAUGACAGUGAAGCAGCCACACAAGACACCAUUGAAAUAGUUGGGAAGAGUGAAAAAGUGUUAGGGACUGUCUUAAAACGAGUACGAAUACGAACACCACAGAGGAUGUUCUAUGAUAAAGAUGUUGGGUAUCGGCUGGAUCGGUUCAUUGGUAAUAACAGUCUGAUGUCGACCAUGAACAUGAUAGGAAAGUUGAUGGAAGAUAGUGAUGAAAUGAAAAGGAUAAGAGACUUGAUCAUCAACAAUGUGUCUUGUCCUGUUGUACAAUUUGCGGAGAGUUUGAUUUCACAGAAGACCACUAUUAUGACAAAUAUCGAUGAGGACGAGUUUGGGUGGGUGUUUGACCAAAUUAAUAUCGACCAACAUGAACCCGUGAUUAAGACGUAUGACCAGAUGAAUGAGUUUCUUGUGGGCACUCUUGCAGGGUCACAUAACAUUACUCCCAUACUUGGACUCACACCAGAAAUGGCGAUCACUGCAAUCGUUGGGUUUUGUAGAGGAACGACAAAAAGAGUGUUCGUCACAGCAUCGUCGAGCGAUUUACUCAAUAGGAUCAAAGAAAAACUUCCACCGGAGCGAACGAUGUUGUACUCUGACAUGGACGCGCUUCUGAAAGAAAACAAAGUCAUUGAAGAUGUGAUAGAAAAUCAUCCGUAUGUGCUUGCACCGUGCAGUAGCGCGACAAGAAAGUUUAUCCAAUCUCUCCAAUUUGACGUCGCGAUAAUUGCCGACGCCAUUAAUUUCAAUGUCAUUCAAGCACUUGCCGUAUUCUAUUUGACCGAGACAGUGUGGCUGUUUGAGGGAGCGAAGACGACGCAAUUGGAUGAAGGAGAGGCUCUCGACAAACAAAGUGUGUACACUGUCUUCAGUGGGAAAAGUAAGUAUUCGUUGUCUGCAAUACUCGACAAAGAAGUUGCGGAGAGUUUGAAAGCACAAACGUUGGAUAUUGAAGAUUUGGGGUUUAACUCGACUGAGUUGAACGACUUGUGUAAUUGA